UCUGGGAGGGGUGAGGGCGGUGAGGGCGGCGGGUGCCGGAGCGACGGCAGCGGCCGCGGCCGGAGGAGCAAUAGCAGCAGCCGUGGCGGCCACGGGGCGUGGCGUGGCGGUCGGCGACCGCGGCCGGGGCUGCAGACGGCGGAGCGGCUGGCUUGCCAACACUUGGUGUCACAUGUGAGCCUCCCACAUGUGUUCACUCUCCAUUCCAGCUCUGUGAUUGAACUCUGCUCUUAUUGACUAGGGGGCAGUGGGCAGGCAUGCUUCAUUCCUGGAAUUGACAGUCAUUCCAUUUUUGAAUAUACUAACCCUGAAUCAGCACUUGUAAAGCCCUGCCUUCUCCCACUGGCUUCACUUGGCCUUCAGACAUAAUGAGGAGACUGGCGUUUCGAGGCGCUGGUUGUGCUCUGGUAAAGCUGAAGAAGUUGGAUUCCAUGGGUUCCAAGAGAAGAAGAGCUACCUCCCCUUCCAGCAGUGUCAGUGGGGACUUUGAUGACGGGCACCAUUCUGUGUCCACACCAGGCCCAAGCAGGAAAAGGAGAAGACUUUCCAAUCUUCCAACUGUAGAUCCUAUUGCUGUGUGCCAUGAACUCUACAACACUAUACGAGACUAUAAAGAUGAGCAGGGCAGACUCCUCUGUGAGCUCUUCAUUAGGGCUCCGAAGCGAAGAAAUCAGCCGGACUACUAUGAAGUGGUUUCUCAGCCCAUUGACUUGAUGAAAAUCCAGCAGAAACUAAAAAUGGAAGAGUAUGAUGAUGUUAAUUUGCUCACCGCUGACUUUCAGCUGCUUUUCAACAAUGCAAAAGCCUAUUAUAAGCCAGAUUCUCCUGAAUAUAAAGCUGCUUGCAAACUCUGGGAUUUGUACCUUCGAACAAGAAAUGAGUUUGUUCAGAAAGGAGACGCAGAAGAUGAGGACGAUGAUGAAGAUGGGCAGGACAAUCAAGGCACCGGAACUGAAGGAUCUUCUCCAAGUUACUUGAAGGAGAUCCUGGAACAGCUUCUUGAAGCCAUAGUUGUGGCCACAAAUCCAUCUGGACAUCUUAUUAGUGAACUUUUUCAGAAACUGCCUUCUAAAGUGCAAUAUCCAGACUAUUAUGCAAUAAUUAAGGAGCCUAUAGAUCUCAAGACCAUUGCCCAGAGGAUACAGAAUGGAAGCUACAAAAGUAUUCAUGCAAUGGCCAAAGAUAUAGAUCUCCUAGCAAAAAAUGCCAAAACAUAUAAUGAACCUGGUUCUCAAGUAUUCAAGGAUGCAAAUUCAAUUAAAAAAAUAUUUUAUAUGAAAAAGGCAGAAAUUGAACAUCAUGAGAUGGCAAAGUCAAGUCUUCGAAUAAGGACUCCAUCAAGUUUGGGUACAACCAGGCUGACAGGUCCUGCGCACAGUAAAGGCAGCCUUAGUGAGGACAGAAACCCCGCCAGCAAGUAUUACCGUAAUAAAAGAACAGUCCAAGGGGGUCGUUUAUCUGCAAUUACCAUGGCACUUCAGUAUGGCUCAGAAAGUGAAGAGGAUGCUGCGUUAGCUGCUGCCCGUUAUGAAGAAGGAGAGUCAGAAGCAGAGAGCAUCACUUCCUUUAUGGAUGUUUCAAAUCCUUUUUAUCAGCUUUAUGACACUGUUAGAAGCUGUCGGAAUAACCAGGGGCAGCUAAUAGCUGAACCCUUUUUCCAUUUGCCUUCAAAGAAAAAAUACCCUGAUUAUUAUCAGCAAAUUAAAAUGCCCAUAUCACUACAACAGAUCAGAACAAAGCUAAAGAAUCAAGAAUAUGAAACUUUAGAUCAUUUGGAGUGUGAUCUGAAUUUAAUGUUUGAAAAUGCCAAACGCUAUAAUGUUCCUAAUUCAGCCAUCUACAAGCGAGUUCUUAAAUUGCAGCAAGUCAUGCAGGCAAAGAAGAAAGAACUUGCCAGAAGAGACGACAUUGAGGAUGGAGACAGCAUGAUCUCAUCAGCCACCUCUGAUACUGGUAGUGCCAAAAGAAAAAGGAACACUCAUGACAGUGAGAUGUUGGGUCUCAGGAGGCUCUCCAGUAAAAAGAACAUAAGAAAGCAGCGAAUGAAAAUCUUAUUCAAUGUUGUUCUUGAAGCUCGAGAGCCAGGUUCAGGAAGAAGACUUUGUGAUCUGUUUAUGGUUAAGCCAUCCAAAAAGGACUAUCCUGAUUAUUAUAAAAUCAUCUUAGAGCCAAUGGACCUGAAAAUAAUUGAGCAUAAUAUCCGCAAUGACAAAUAUGCAGGUGAAGAGGGAAUGAUAGAAGACAUGAAGCUGAUGUUUCGGAAUGCCAGGCACUAUAAUGAGGAGGGCUCCCAGGUAUAUAAUGAUGCCCAUAUCCUGGAAAAAUUACUCAAGGAUAAAAGGAAAGAGCUGGGCCCACUGCCUGAUGAUGAUGACAUGGCUUCUCCCAAACUCAAGCUGAGUAGGAAGAGUGGCAUAUCUCCUAAAAAAUCAAAAUAUAUGACUCCAAUGCAGCAGAAGCUAAAUGAAGUUUAUGAAGCUGUAAAGAACUAUACUGAUAAGAGAGGUCGGCGCCUCAGUGCCAUAUUUCUGAGACUUCCCUCCAGAUCUGAGCUGCCUGACUACUAUCUGACAAUUAAAAAGCCCAUGGACAUGGAAAAAAUUCGAAGUCACAUGAUGGCCAACAAGUACCAAGAUAUCGACUCUAUGGUUGAAGACUUUGUCAUGAUGUUUAACAACGCCUGUACAUACAAUGAGCCCGAGUCUUUGAUCUACAAAGAUGCCCUUGUCUUACACAAAGUCUUGCUGGAGACUCGGAGAGACCUCGAGGGAGAUGAGGACUCUCACGUCCCAAAUGUGACUUUGCUGAUUCAAGAGCUUAUCCACAAUCUUUUCGUGUCAGUCAUGAGCCAUCAGGACGAUGAGGGAAGAUGCUAUAGUGAUUCCCUAGCAGAAAUUCCUGCAGUAGAUCCCAGCUUUCCUAACAAACCUCCUCUUACUUUUGACAUUAUUAGGAAAAAUGUUGAAAAUAAUCGCUAUCGGCGGCUCGAUUUAUUUCAAGAGCAUAUGUUUGAAGUAUUGGAAAGGGCAAGAAGGAUGAAUCGGACAGAUUCUGAAAUAUAUGAGGAUGCCGUAGAACUUCAGCAGUUUUUUAUUAAAAUUCGUGAUGAGCUCUGCAAAAAUGGAGAGAUCCUGCUUUCACCAGCACUCAGCUAUACCACAAAACAUUUACAUAAUGAUGUAGAGAAAGAAAAAAAGGAAAAAUUACCAAAAGAAAUGGAAGAAGAUAAACUAAAGAGAGAAGAAGAAAAAAGAGAAGCUGAAAAGAGUGAGGAUUCCUCGGGUGCUGCAGGCCUCUCAGGCCUACAUCGCACCUACAGCCAGGACUGCAGCUUUAAGAACAGCAUGUAUCACGUUGGAGAUUACGUCUAUGUGGAACCUGCAGAAACCAACCUACAGCCACACAUAGUCUGUAUUGAGAGACUGUGGGAAGAUUCAGCAGGUGAAAAAUGGUUAUAUGGCUGUUGGUUUUACCGGCCAAAUGAAACAUUCCACCUGGCUACACGAAAAUUUCUAGAAAAAGAAGUUUUUAAGAGUGACUAUUACAAUAAAGUUCCUGUUAGUAAAAUUCUAGGCAAAUGUGUGGUCAUGUUUGUCAAGGAAUACUUUAAAUUAUGCCCAGAAAACUUUCGAGAUGAGGAUGUUUUUGUCUGUGAAUCACGGUAUUCUGCCAAAACCAAAUCUUUUAAAAAAAUUAAACUGUGGACCAUGCCUAUCAGCUCAGUUAGGUUUGUCCCUCGGGAUGUGCCUCUGCCUGUGGUUCGAGUGGCCUCUGUAUUUGCAAAUGCAGAUAAAGGGGAUGAUGAGAAGAACACAGACAACUCUGAGGACAGUCGAGCUGAAGACCAUCUUAACUUGGAAAAGGAAAAAGAAGAUGUCCCUGUGGAAAUGUCCAACGGCGAACCCGGUUGCCACUACUUUGAGCAGCUCCGUUAUAAUGACAUGUGGCUGAAGGUUGGUGACUGUGUCUUUAUCAAGUCCCAUGGCCUGGUGCGCCCUCGUGUAGGCAGAAUUGAAAAAGUGUGGGUCCGAGAUGGAGCUGCAUAUUUUUAUGGCCCCAUCUUCAUUCACCCAGAAGAGACAGAACAUGAGCCCACAAAAAUGUUCUACAAGAAAGAAGUGUUUCUGAGUAAUCUGGAAGAAACCUGCCCCAUGACAUGUAUUCUGGGAAAGUGUGCUGUGUUGUCAUUCAAGGACUUCCUCUCCUGCAGGCCAACUGAAAUAUCAGAAAAUGACGUUUUGCUGUGUGAGAGCCGCUACAAUGAGAGUGACAAGCAAAUGAAAAAAUUCAAGGGAUUGAAGAGGUUUUCACUUUCUGCUAAAGUGGUAGAUGAUGAAAUUUACUACUUCAGAAAACCAAUCGUUCCUCAGAAGGAGCCCUCACCUUUAUUGGAAAAGAAGAUCCAGUUGCUAGAAGCUAAAUUUGCAGAGUUAGAAGGUGGAGAUGAUGACAUUGAAGAGAUGGGGGAAGAAGAUAGUGAGGUCAUCGAGCCUCCUUCUCUACCUCAGCUCCAGACCCCCCUGGCCAGUGAGCUGGACCUCAUGCCCUACACUCCCCCACAGGUGAAGGUGACAAGUUCCUGUACUGGUCUUAUUCCCAGCUUUGGUUUGCAGCAGACUCAAACCAAAUCUACUCCAAAGUCUGCCAAAGGCAGUGCCAAGAAAGAAGGCUCCAAGCGAAAAAUCAACAUGAGUGGCUACAUCCUGUUCAGCAGUGAAAUGAGAGCUGUGAUUAAGGCCCAGCAUCCAGACUACUCUUUUGGGGAGCUCAGCCGACUGGUGGGGACAGAAUGGAGAAACCUUGAGACGGCCAAGAAAGCAGAAUAUGAAGAGCGGGCAGCUAAAGUUGCUGAGCAGCAGGAGAGAGAGCGAGCAGCACAGCAACAGCAGCCGAGUGCUCCUCCCCGAGCAGGCACCCCUGUGGGGGCUCUCAUGGGGGUGGUGCCACCACCAACACCAAUGGGGAUGCUCAAUCAGCAGUUGACACCUGUUGCAGGCAUGAUGGGUGGCUAUCCGCCAGGCCUUCCACCUUUGCAGGGCUCAGUUGAUGGCCUUGUUAGCAUGGGCAGCAUGCAGCCACUUCACCCUGGGGGGCCUCCACCCCACCAUCUUCCGCCAGGUGUGCCUGGCCUCCCAGGCAUCCCACCACCGGGUGUCAUGAACCAAGGAGUGGCCCCUAUGGUAGGGACUCCAGCUCCAGGUGGAAGUCCUUAUGGACAACAGGUGGGAGUUUUGGGACCUCCUGGGCAGCAAGCACCACCUCCAUAUCCCGGCCCACAUCCAGCUGGCCCCCCUGUCAUACAGCAGCCAACAACACCCAUGUUUGUGGCUCCCCCACCAAAGACCCAACGACUGCUCCACUCAGAGGCCUACCUGAAAUACAUUGAAGGACUCAGUGCUGAGUCCAACAGCAUUAGCAAGUGGGACCAGACCCUGGCAGCUCGAAGACGUGAUGUCCAUUUGUCAAAAGAGCAGGAGAGUCGCCUGCCCUCUCACUGGCUGAAAAGUAAAGGGGCCCACACCACCAUGGCGGAUGCCCUCUGGCGCCUUCGGGAUUUAAUGCUCCGAGACACCCUCAACAUUCGCCAAGCAUACAACCUAGAAAACGUUUAAUCACAUCAUUACGUUUCUUUUAUAGAAGCAUACAGAGUUGUGGAACAGUAGCCAUUUUAGUUACUGGGGGUGGGGGAAGGAACAAAGGAGGAUAAUUUUUAUUGCAUUUUACUGUACAUCACAAGGCCAUUUUUAUAUACGGACACUUUUAAUAAGCUAUUUCAAUUUGGUUUUUGUUAUAUUAAGUUGACUUUAUCAAAUACACAAAGAUUUUUUUGCAUAUGUUUCCUUCGUUUAAAACCAGUUUCAUAAUUGGUUGUACAUGUAGACUGGGAGUUUUAUCUUUUUACUUGUUGCCAUGGAACUGAAACCAUGAAAGGUUUUUGUCUUGGCUUGGGAUUUUUGUUGUGUGUUUUUUUUUGGGGGGGGGGGGGGGGGGGGAGGGUGUUUUCUUUUUCUUUUUUAUAAACAAACAAAAUGAAAAAAAAAAAACACAAGAGUUUACAGAUUAGUUUAAGUUGACAACGAAAUGUGAAGUUGGUCCUAGUUUACAUCUUAGAGAGGGGAGUGUACUUCAAUGUCUGUUUCAUGUGCCUGAAUAUCUUAAGCCACUUUCCACAAAAGCAGUUUCUUACAGGUGAUGCGAAGUGCUUUCUUUGAAGAUUGUUAUUUAGAUUACAGGUGUUGACGGACAGCACAUUGGCGCCGUAUCUCUGAGGCUCACUGCAGAGAGCUGGUGUCUCUGCUCUGAGUCCUUGUGCAGCUAGUGCAGCUAGAAGAGUACUUUUUCUUGUGCUGAGGUAGACAUCGCUGCUAUCAGUGAUUUUUGCGGAACAUGUGCACACCCUGAAUUAUAUAUAGCCUGGCAGGUAAGUUUAAGGGUACUUUUGAUCUGUUUAUAAUGAAUUUACAGUUUAUGCCUAUACAUGUUAGAUGAUUUUAAAUUUUAAAUUUGUUACAUUGAAAAACACUGAUCUGCAAGAAAGCAUUGAGGUGUGCAUGGAGGUGAUUUAAACGUAACACCUAACCUGAUCUAGGGAAGGGAGUGUAUUAUUGGAUCUGAAGUGUACCAAAAGGAUAAUCAUGAAAAUGUAGAUUGCCUGCAUAUGCAGCUAUGUUUUAUGUUUUAUUCCCUCGUUAUGAGAUGUGGCCUUUUUUUCUUGUAAGUUUCAGGGUUCUGAUUCACAACCAGAGUUUAAUGCUUUCUAAAAUUUUUUUAAGUUUCGCUUCUGCUUUUGAAUUACAGACAAGGGAAUCAUAGUUUAAGAAAAUGAUCGCUAAAAAUACCAUAACAGAUCCCAAACACUUGGGUUUGGUGACCUUGUCUUUCUUAUAUGGCCCUAGAGUAAACAUUUGGAGGCAGUGUCUGAUGCUCAGACUGGAGGCAGCGAGGAACAUGGAAUUAUGUAACUUGGUGGUAUGUUUUUGAAACCUGCUUUAUUGUGACGCAGUGUUUGCCAUGGUGGUGGAGCUUCCACUGCUGUUUCUCAGUUGAGAGGGUGACUCUCAAAUGAUACUUUUUUUCCUUUUAAACUGCUAUGAAUCAAUACCCAGAUGUGUAAUUACCAUACUUACCAAAUCAUGAGGGCAAAAGAGUGUAAGAUGGAAAAAGUCUCUUGUAUCUAGAUGAUACUUCAGAUACAAGCGACCCUUGUAGCUUAAUUGCCUUUAGUCAACCACUGGAUUUCAGUUUGCGUCACGUAUUUUAAACAAUUUUGAAUUUUUAAAAAUAUAUUGCAGUAGUUAUGUCAGUACCUUAUUGUUAAUCUGAAUCAGAUAAAGAAAUCUUCAGUUCCUGGUUAUUUGGGCCAUUGAAUCAUCAUGGACUAAGAUUCUUUUAUUUCUAGACAUUAUUUCCUUGAAUUACACCAAAGAACCUGAAAUCUAAUUUUGGUUAAAUUAUUUAUUUAUUUCAUUCAUUUAUUUCCCUUUUUAAGGUCUGGAUGAGACUUCUUUGGGGAGCCUCUACAAACUCUUCACUGUGGGCCACAUGGGGCAUUAGAAACCAGAGCACUCCGGGCUCCUUGCUAGUGUCUCAAGGUGCAUGGGAACCAUGGGUCCAGCUAGGGGAUUCCAUAAGGCAGUGCAGAGCCGGCCCAGGGCACUAGUAGGCAGGCCCUAAAUAAAUGUUUAAAAAAAAAAAAAAAAAACCCUACGUAUUUAUUUUAGAAUCAUGUGUUUCUAUAUACUAACCUGAAGAAUAUCAGUUAACAUUUAGGAUAUAAGAUUUGAGAUCAGCCAUCUUCUAUAAAAAAGAAAAAAAAUGUUCUGACUUAAGAAAGUACAAGUAAACUAUACAUCCUUUUUUUCAUGAGUUUUAGGCACUGUAGUAAUGUGGCUUAGAAAGUAUAAUGGCCUAAAUGUUUUCAGAAUGUAAGUUCCUGUGGAGAAUUUUGUUUAUAUGCGGGAAAACCUAUAGGUUUAAAAUAGUCUGUUUUGUCAGCCAACAGAUUUAAAAGGCCUUUAAUUGGUUUUGUUUUUUUCACCCACCCUUCCCUUCCUAUGAGGAAGAACUGAAGUGGGGGCGGGGGGACACUUAUUUGUGUAAAAUCCCCAAAUUGGUGUUGAUGACUUUUCAGCUUGAAGGUUUUCAGACCUGAUUAAAACUUGGUUUAUUCUAAUUUCUGUAUCAUCAUCAUCUGAGGUUUAAAUGGUAAUUAGUCUUAUAACAUGUAUGUAUCAUAUGUUUGUUCAUCUAAAGCUUUUUAAUCCAAAUAAAAAUGGAGUUUGCAAAGUGA